AUGGCCGGCAUUCAUGACCCUCGAUUGCUGUAUAGCAUCACAAACAUCCGUGCCUUCCACAUUCAAGAUGGAGAGGAGCAAGAGUUGACCCCAUCAGGGCCGCAAACCCUGUCGCUCCUCAUGGUUCCCACCCCUUCAGCCGGUGCAGGCACAGAGACUCCCGAGGAGGAUUUCUAUCUUCACCUGUGCCUUCCCCCAGAAUUGGAUCUGGCCUUACCUGCGACCACUCAGAUCUACCAUCAAUUGCCCGAUAGUUACUUGAUUCCCCGUUGGGAUCUGGCCCCGGGUGCCUUUCUUCGAAUCCAGUUCCCGGGGAUUGGGACUGGUCUAGACAAAGUGACUCAGGACGACAUCGACACCUUUGAAACCAUCCUUGCCCAAUGCACGGCAUUUUUGGAGCGGGCUACUGCUCCUCGCCAGAAGUCAAGUGGCAAGUCUCUCGGCUAUACCGCAUACAAUCCCGCGGACUAUGCACCCGGCGAGGGAUAUAUCUCCUCUGAAGGAACCGAGAAUACUCAUGGCAAGAUUGUGCUCGUGGAUGAGGAAGAUGGCAGUGUGGUCGGAGAAUUGGGCGACGCAUACGAUGUGGUUGAAGACCCCGAUGUCAAACCAGGAUCCAAGAGACCGGUCAACAUCGAACUCCCUGGCGAGGGUGAAGGCAACCGGGUCAGUAUUAGCAAUGUCUCCGAGGAGUACUUGGCCAUGGCUCGUCACCCCGCGUACAAGAAUUCAACAAUCGUGCAGACCUCGGCUACUGCAUCUCGUCUCAUUGUCGCAACUUCCACUUCUCUCGCCAAUGCUAUCACCAGCGGCGCCGAAACCUUCACCAAGAAGACUAAGCCUAAUCAAAAGCCCUUGACCUUCUCUGAGAGCACACAUGCGCGGAUCCGCAAGGUUGGCAGUCUCUCCACCGGGGCUGCUGACCUUUCUGCUCGGACAUUAGGCCAAGUAGAGCGGGUAGCCCAGAACGUUGGUGCAUCGCUGUCUCGCAAAGAGAACAAGUCUCGGGGCACGGACAAGAGCCGCCCCCCACCGGACUACAAGCCUGGCGUACUUAACAAGUCCCUGAUCGCCUUCAACACGCUGGCCGAUGGAAUCCAGGAAGGUGCGCGUACCAUUCUUCUCACAGGCUCGUCAGCGACGGGCGCAAUGAUUGGUCACAAAUAUGGCGCGGAGGCCGGCGACGUGGCAAACAACUUAACGGGCGGGGUGAAGAAUGUGGGAUUGGUGUACAUCGAUGCUACCGGGGUGAGUCGACGGGCGCUUCUGAAAUCGGUAGCCAAGGGCAUGGUGGUGGGACGAAUGCGCGAUGGCAAGCAAGUGGUGGUGGGUAGUGGUGAUGGUGGCGAGCUUCCCGAAGCUGCUGCUGGUCCAUCGACCAAUCCCACCGCGCCGCCCGCAUAUGGCGCCUCGGGGACUACAUCGCUCGGCGGCACGCCCAUGAGCAUGUCCGGGGCCAAGCGGUAA